CUGUAUAGUACGAGGACGCGAUAGGGAUAGAGAUAGGUAUAUGCGCGAGUGCGAGCGAGAAAUGCGAUGGUUCUGGUAGUAGUAGUUGUAUUAGAAGAGGGCGAUGGUGGCGAGCGCAGCCGGCAGCAGUUGUAGAUCGCUCUCCGCAUUCGGUGCCGAGCAGCGAUGAUUCAGUCGGUGAACGUCGAGGCAACAACGCAGACGUCCAUCCUCGAACCGUGCAAGACACAACACCACCACCACAUUACCACCUGAGCCGUGCCGAAAAAAGAAAAAACUGCGAGUGCAAAGUGCCGCCGAAAACGAAGAAAAAAAUAAAGACAACCGAACUGUCUAUAAUUACAUCGGUAUAAAUAUAUAUAUGUAAAUCUGUCCGUACUUCUCUAGUUCAGUGGAUAUUUUUAACGAAACAUUAGAAUUCAAAAGGACAAACUAAUAGCAGGCAGACAGGAUGCAAGCUCUAACUAUGUUGAACAUGCUCGUGCUUUUGUCGCGGGUAGAAGGUUUGUCACGUUUAUGAUUUGUGAUGUGGAGGAUUUCUCGGCACUAUUUGCACGUUAGACCGCCCGGCCGCAAGAAAUAGUCGCAGCGCUUCGCAAAAAGGGAAUCCCAGGAGAGAUCCAUCAAACAUCGAUCAUCAUCAAAUCAUCCGCAGCAACAGGAUCAGUAGACUUCGAAGUGCGUAGCAAGAAAUCGGUCGAUGACAUGGCUAAUCGACGCAAUUUGGUCAUCAAGUGUUGCCUCGUCGCCGUCAGCGUUUACCUCUGCGUCUACAUGAUCUCCAGCAAUCAGAGCGCGAACAUCAUCAGAGGUCUGCAGCAGUCGGGAAGGAAUCUGGCCGCUCUUGAUCUCGAGACGGAGACGGUGCAGCAACAGCAGCAGCUGCAACAGGAGCAGAUCAAGGAUGUAGAUGUGGUUAAGACGGUCGAGGAGCUGCAACAGCAGCAGCAAGUCAAGGUGGUGACGGAGGCGACGACGGUCGUGAUGGACCCGCUCGAAAGGGUGCGCGAGAUCACCAGGUGUCUGGACAGGACGUCGGUGCCGAGGACGCAACAGCGCGGCGACUACUGGGUACUCUACAAUUACGUCAAGGCGGAGAGGACCUUCAGGUGCCACGAGAGCAUCACCUACACGACUCACGCAGAUUAUACGUUCAUGGAUAACCUGGUGCCGCUGAUCGAACGCUGGAGGGGUCCGGUCAGUAUCGCCCUGCACGCUCCGGGCACCGAUUUCCGGAACACCAUGGACACCAUCGCCUACCUGAGGGAUUGCACCACUCCCCUCGUCAAGGAGUACGUCACUUUCCACGUCUACUUCAGUACAAGACAUGUGCCAAAAGAGGUUCCUCGUCACAAUCGAGUGUUCGGCGAGGCGUUCAACUGUUCACUGCCGGCGCCGUAUGCGAAUGCCAGCAGCGACCAGAUGUACAAGACGCUGAAGAAGCUGCUGUACCCGGUGAACGUGGGCAGAAAUGUGGCCCGCGAAACGGCCCAGACGCACUUCAUCCUCGCCUCGGACAUCGAGCUCUAUCCUAGUCCCAACGUGAUACCGCAGUUCCUAGAGAUGAUCGCCGAGAAUAAGGGUCCAUUGCUGAGCAGCAGGCCCAAGCUAUACCCCUUCAACCUGUUCGAAAUUAGCGCCACGCAAUCGGUGCCGGACAACAAGACGGCGCUGAAGGAUAUGAUCCUCAACGGUACGGCGCAACCUUUCCACAAGAAGCUGUGCUCCGGGUGCCACGGGACGCCGAUGAGCAAGGAGUGGAUGGUCGCCAACGAGACUAAAGGUCUGCACGUGUUCCACGUGGGCAAACGCACCGGCAAAUUCAUCCACUGGGAGCCCAUCUUCAUCGGCACACACGCCGAGCCCCUUUACGACGAGAGGCUCAGCUGGGAAGGGAAAAGUGAUAAAAUGACUCAGGGAUACGCGCUGUGCGUGCUGGACUACGAUUUCCUGAUCCUGGACAACGCGUUCCUCGUCCACAAGCCCGGCAUCAAGGUGUACAAGAAGGACCCGAAGAGGGCAGCGCUCGCCGCCAAGACCAAUCAGCUGAUCAAGAAGAUCAUCUUCCCCGAGCUGAAGGUCAUCUACGGCGUGAAGAAGGGCUGCGCCGUAUAAGCUUUUACCGACUACGAAACUCACACACACACACACACACACUCAGCACUCAGUUGUAUAAUCAUCGCCCGUUUGUUUUGUGAUCGUGCGAUUGAGAUGAACUCUGAUCGAUCUUACUUACUUACUUACACUCGUUUCCUUUCAAUUUAAGUUUAAGUAGAUUUACGUAUUAGUACCCGUUCCCUUCUUAUGAUUUGCUCAACAUAAAAAGAAAAGAAAAA